AUGGCUCCCUCUCGAACCCGCAAUGUCGAUUCGGAUGAGCCCUCUACGGCUGAUGUCUCUGCCAACGAUGAUGUGGAGAUGAAGGACGUCGACGAGCGCGUCGAUGGAUUUAACAAAUUCGGCUACUACCAAGACACGCCCGACUAUACAGAUUCGGACACAAACCCAAAUACUACUGCUAGUAGCGUGGCGGGGGACGCGCCAACCGACGGACGAAAGCGGAGAACCGAUGCCUAUAAUAUGCGCAAGAGUAUAUACGGGAAGAAACAUGAUCGAUUGGGCGCGUCGAAGGAAGAUGACACUAUUCGAAGAUUCCGAUAUCUGCUCGGCCUGACGGAUCUGUUCCGCCAUUUCAUUGACACAAACCCUAAUCCGCGCAUCAAGGAGAUCCUCGCUGAGAUCGAUCGCGAAGAUGCCGAGGAGGAAAAGAAGGCAAAGGCUAGCAAGUUGCGCAAGGGCGGCGCGGCUGUGGAACGUCGCCGUAAGACCGAGCAAGAAGAAGAUGCCGAAUUAGUGCGCGAGGAGAAGCAUGGUGGCCACCAUGAGACUGUGUUCCGGGAGUCACCUGGAUAUGUCAAAGGAGGAACGAUGCGCGACUAUCAGGUUGCAGGUCUCAACUGGUUAAUUUCUCUCCACGAGAACGGUAUCUCUGGCAUUUUGGCCGACGAGAUGGGUCUUGGCAAAACGUUGCAAACUAUCUCCUUCCUUGGUUACCUACGCUUCAUACGCGGCAUACAUGGCCCGCAUCUCGUCGUUGUCCCGAAGUCGACCUUGGAUAACUGGAAGCGCGAGUUCGCCAAGUGGGUACCGGAGAUUGACGUGCUGGUAUUGCAGGGCGCCAAAGAAGAACGUGCGGAGCUCAUCCGGGAUCGGCUCGAAGAUGAAAAGUUCGACGUGUGCAUCACGAGUUAUGAGAUGAUUCUUCGCGAGAAGUCACAUUUGAAGAAGUUUGCAUGGCAGUACAUCAUUAUUGAUGAAGCACAUCGCAUCAAGAAUGAGGAGUCGUCGCUCGCACAGAUCAUUCGUGUAUUCAACUCGCGCAAUCGCCUGCUCAUCACAGGUACCCCGCUUCAGAACAACCUUCACGAGCUGUGGGCACUUCUCAAUUUCCUGCUUCCGGAUGUUUUCGGUGACGCUGCCGCAUUCGACGACUGGUUCUCAAACCAAGAAUCGGACUCCGACACUGUUGUCCAGCAACUACACAAAGUCCUCCGACCCUUCCUUCUGCGUCGCGUCAAGGCCGACGUGGAGAAGUCGCUGCUGCCAAAGAAAGAGGUCAACCUGUACAUUGGCAUGUCUGAUAUGCAGGUGAAUUGGUACAAGAAGAUCCUCGAAAAGGACAUUGACGCUGUUAACGGUGCUGCUGGCAACAAAGAGUCCAAGACUCGGUUGCUCAACAUUGUCAUGCAACUGCGGAAAUGUUGCAACCAUCCUUACCUAUUUGAAGGUGCUGAGCCUGGGCCUCCGUAUACCACCGACGAGCACUUGGUCAAUAACGCAGCUAAAAUGGUGAUGCUGGACAAGCUGUUGAAACGCAUGAAGGCCCAGGGCAGUCGCGUGCUUAUCUUCUCUCAGAUGAGCCGCUUGCUGGAUAUCCUUGAGGACUAUGCUGUCUUCCGCGACUACGCUUACUGCCGCAUUGAUGGCUCGACUGCCCACGAGGAUCGUAUUGCAGCCAUUGACGAGUACAAUAAAGAGGGUUCGGAGAAAUUCCUUUUCCUCCUGACAACACGCGCCGGUGGUUUGGGUAUUAACUUGACGUCCGCCGACAUUGUUGUACUUUUCGACAGCGACUGGAACCCCCAGGCUGACUUGCAGGCUAUGGAUCGUGCUCACCGUAUCGGUCAAACCAAGCAGGUGUAUGUCUACCGAUUCGUCACCGAGAACGCUAUUGAAGAGAAGGUUUUGGAGCGUGCAGCACAGAAGCUUCGUCUCGACCAACUCGUUAUCCAACAAGGUCGCACACAACAGCCAGUUAAGAAUGCCGCCGGCAAGGAUGAGCUACUCACUAUGAUUCAGCAUGGUGCCGAAAAGGUGUUCAAAUCGCAGGGUGCUAUUGGUCCCGUCCCUGGGUCAGACGAAUUCACUGAGGAUGAUUUCGACGCGAUCAUGAAGCGAGGCGAGGAGCGGACACAGCAACUCAACAACAAGUAUGAGAAGCUAGGUCUCGACGAUCUGCAGAAGUUCACAUCGGAUUCAGCCUACGAGUGGAACGGCGAGAAGUUUGAGCCACGCAAGAAAGAUAUUGGUCUGAACUGGAUCAAUCCUUCGAAACGUGAACGUAAAGAGCAGUCAUACUCCAUGGAUAAAUACUAUCGGCAGGCGCUCAUGACAGGUGGGCGGACUGAAGCCAAGGGUCCUAGGAUCCCUCGCGCACCGAAGCAGGUUGUCAUUCAUGACUACCAAUUCUUUCCGGCUAAGCUCGCGGAGAUUCAAGAUAAAGAGACAGCCUGGUUCCGGAAGGAGAAUAACAUCAAAGCACCGCUUCCUGAAGGGCCCGAUGAGGAUCUCGAGACACGAGAGGCCGAUCAACAGCUUGCGCAAGCAGAAAUCGACAACGCUGAGCCUCUGACCGAAGAGGAGCUGGCCGAGAAGGAGCGCUUGAUCAAUAAGGGUUUCCCCGAGUGGAACAAGCGUGAUUUCCAACAGUUUUUGAACGGUUCAGCCAAGUAUGGCCGGACGAAUUAUGAUGGCAUCUCGGAAGAAGUCGACGGAAAGACGGCAGACGAGAUUGCAGAGUACGCCAAAGUAUUCUGGAAGAAGUACAAGGACCUCAACAACUGGCAAAAGCAUCUCGGAGUUAUCGAAGAGGGUGAAGCAAGGGUGCGGUCGCAAGAAGAGAGAAAAGCGUUUGUGGCUAAGAAGGUCAACAUGUACCGUAUGCCUCUACAACAGAUGGUCAUCAAGUACACGGUAUCUACGACGAACAAGAAGGUGUAUACUGAGGAGGAAGAUCGCUUCCUACUCGUCAUGCUCCACAAGCAUGGUGUGGAGGGCGACACCAUUUUCGAAAAGAUCCGGGAGGAUAUCCGAGAGUCGCCCCUCUUCCGCUUCGACUGGUUCUUCCUUAGCCGGACAGCUCAGGAAAUUGGCCGACGAUGCAAAACGCUUGUAGACUCGGUCCAGCGUGAGCUUCAAGACCCUGAUAUGAAGAACGGCAAAGGCAAGCGUACGCUCGAUGAAGAGGAGACGGAGGAAGAGGAAGAGGUUCCUGUUAAGAAGAAGGUGAAGAACGGCGUCAAGAACAAACAGCUGGACUCUGUGAAGGCCAAGGGUUCCCCUGCUUCAGCGUCAACCUCUCGGGCCACUAGUGUGGUCUCGAACGGCUCAACACCAGCCAAGGGUAAGGGACGGGGAAAGAAGAAAUAG